AGCUCAUUAUCACAAUGGCGUGGUGCAUGUGGUAGAACCGUAACAAGGCAAGGCUUGUCUCCACCAGACAGACCUGCCAUGAGAUUAUCCACAAAGCUGGCUCCAUCCUCGAUCACUUCCAGCUAGCUCACCUUGCUCGUCCUCUUUUCAAGGAAUAAGCGGAUCCUCGUUGGAUUCCACCAUCCCACCCACGGUACAAAGCUAACAUUGAUGCCGCAAUCUUUCCAGACCUUCACACUUUCGACAUUGGGGUUAUAAUUUAUAGAGCAUCGAUCUGCAUUACUGGGCAUGGCAAAUUAGGCUGAGAGGCUGAAAUGGACCAUAGUCUGAAGUCGGCCCAAUUCAUUGGGCCUAUUACAACCACCACUCUCUCUUUAGGCCCAAUAAUAAAUAUGAUCUCCCUGUUCUCAACACCGUCACUUUCCCGGGAAAAUCAUGGAUUUUCCGGUACUAUCUCAGUCCAACUCCCUUCGUUGUCCAUCAGAUUUUCUCGAGAAGCCGAAGCCCUACUUUCCAAUACGUCGCAGCAGUACUCCUCUCUGGUCCACGACCAAUCACACUCCACCAUCUGUCCCUGCCUUGAGUAAAACCACUAGCAUAAAAUGUACGGUCAAGGAAACUCAAAAUCAAGAACCGUUUCAAUCGGAAAAUGGUCGAAAGGGUUGGAUUCACUUUGUAGGUAUUGGAGGUUGUGGAUUGUCUGCACUGGCAAUGCUUGCUCUCAAACAAGGUUUUGAGGUUAGUGGCUCAGAUGUUAAAUGGAGCUGCUACAUGGACAGCCUACAAGAGGCUGGUGCACAUUUGCAUAUUGGUCAUUCGGUUUUGAAUUUGAAAGGGAGUGAUGGGUCAAGAUUACCUAAUGCGAUUGUUGUUUCAAGUGCUAUUCCUCAAGACAAUGUGGAGAUUUUGCGUGCAAAGUCUGCUGGAGUGCCUGUACACAAACGGGAUUAUUGGCUGGGAAGGCUAACGGAGUGCUACAAGCUUACUGCUGUUAGUGGUAGCCAUGGCAAGAGUACAACAGCAAGUAUGCUGGCUUAUGUUUUGAAAGCAAUGGGCGAUGAUCUCACAGCUGUAAUUGGAGCACAUGUCCCACAGUUUCCAGAAGGAAAUAUUAUUUCAGGUGGUGGUCAAAAUUUUGUGCUGGAGGCUGAUGAAUACGAUGGCUGUUUCUUGGGAUUAUCACCUUACAUAGCUGUUGUAACCAAUCUGGACUGGGAGCAUGUUGAUAUCUUUCAAGAUAAGGAGGCAGUUAAAUCUACUUUCAGGAGGUUCCUCAAUCUAAUCAAGGUGGGUGGACAUCUCAUAAUAUAUGGGGACAGUCCAGAUACGCGUUCUUUGCUAAAUCACAGGAGACAAGCGACUGGAUCAGAGUAUUCCAGUGGUGUGAUGCCGGCUCCAAACUUGGAGCUAUUUGAUGAGCAUUACAGAAUAACGACUUAUGGAAUCUCAAGUCUUAAUGAUUGGCAUGCAUCCUCAAUUCACCCCAACUGUCAUGGUGGCAGUGAUUACACACUGUUCCAUCAGGAGUUUCCAGAGGUAGAUAUCAGUCUACAGAUUCCGGGAGUUCAUAAUGUCCUCAAUUCAUUAGCAGUUAUUGCCACAAUGAUGGCACUUUUUAGUGACAGAAUGCAAUAUUAUGAGCUAAUCAGUCAUGUAAGACUACACUUGAAAAGUUUCAAUGGUGUUUCCAGACGUUUUGAGAUGAUUGGUACAAUUUGUGGAUGCCAUAUAUAUGAUGAUUAUGCACACCAUCCAACAGAAAUCCGUGCAGUUCUUCAAGCAGCACGUCAAAGGUUCCCAUUCAAGGCUAUAUGGGUGGUAUUCCAACCUCAUUCUUACAGUCGUCUAGCAGCAUUGAAAGAUGAAUUUGCCACUGCACUCAGUGAUGCAGAUCAUGUUGUGGUUACAGAGGUUUAUGCUGCCAGAGACAAAGGUUUUUGGGAUGUUAGUGGAAGUGAUUUAGCUGCUUCUAUUAAUGGCCCACCUUGUGAAUAUAUCUCUUCUCUGGAUGCUGUAGUUGAUAAGUUGGUGUUUCAGAUAUCCAAGGACCUUCAUCGCCAAAUUGUUGUUUUGACCCUUGGAUCAGGCCCCAAAGUGCUUCAGAAGUUGCAACAGCAAUACUAGUGAACUUGUAGAUUCCAUGUGGCACCUACUUGCGCAUUACUUGAUUGAUUUUUGAAAUUCAGACAUUUCAUGAUUCCAAACCUCUGAAUGAAGAUUCCCAAGUCGAAGAUAAUUCAUACACUUCUCCAAUAUAAAGUAUGAGAUGGUCUUGCCAAUUGCCACUGAAUUUGUCUGGUGUGGUACACGAGUAUUUUAUUGUAAGAAGCCAGCUUCUUUCAGUUAUUACCGACCAUCCCACAAAUGACCUGACUUGCCUCUUCUACUUUGGCAAGAAAUGACUUGUGAGUCUGUGAAUGUCCUUGUGUGACGUCCGUUUGAUUCUUCUAUGCAAAGAUGAAACUGGUGGCCGGUUAUGUUAUUGGUAAUGAUAGACAUGGAUGGAUGUGGAACUGUCAAGGAGAAAGCUGAUGACACUGCAACUGCAAAUUGAGUUCCAUGUAAUGAAUUUGCAUUUCCAAUUUGUGUUGUACUAUGUUCCCAUUUAAGGAAAACGGAAAGAAAAGAUUAAAUGUUUUGUUGUAUUGUGAGGAACUGAACAACAGAGUUCUUUUCAAGUCUAUUAGAGGCUUGAAUGGUUGAUUAGCUGGAUAUUUCAAGAAAAAUGUAGCAUCAUUUAUCGAUAAAAGAAUUCAAGAAACAAGCUUGUGAUAAUAAGGAACUCCUCAAACAACUCCAUUAUUGGGUACUAUCUUAUCUUUCUUUUA